AUGAAACCCCAGUCACGCUGCCCGAUUCGGAACGCCGCUCGACUCCUUGUUCUCGCCGCCCGAUUCCCCGUCAUGCCUCGCGAUUCUUCUUUCCCGCCGCCCGAUUUCCCUUUCCCGUCGCCCUACUCCCCUUCCCAUCGCCCGAUUCAUGUUCCCGCCGCCCGAUUCAUGUUCCCGCCGCCCGGUUCCCCUUUCCCGCCGCCCGAAUCUCACUCCGCGCCGCCUGAAUCCCCUUUCCCGCCCAUUGAUUCCAGGCGGGCCGCCCGUCCGCCCCUUCCCGCCGUCCGAUUCCCGUUCCCGCCGCCCGCUUCCCCUUUCCCGCCGCCCGAUGCGCCUUCCCGCCGCCCGCUUCCCCUUUCCCGCCGCCCGAUUCGCAUUCCCGCCGCCCGAUCCCCUUUUCCCGCCGCCUCCCUUUUCCCCUGUCCGUCGCCCGACCCCCCUUCCCUUCCUUCUCUCCCUUCCAUCCCUUCUCUCCCUUCCCUCCCUUCUCUCCCUUCCCUCCCUUCUCUCCCUUCCCUCCCUUCUCUCCUUUCCCUCCCUUCCCUCCUUUCCCUCCAAUCCCUCCCUUCUCUCCAGUCUCUCCCUUCCCUCCCUGUCUCCCUUUCCUCGCUUCCCUCCCUUCCCUCCCUUCUCUCCCUUCCCUCCCUUCCUCCUUCCCUCCCUUCCCUUCCUUCCCUCCCUUCUCUCCCUUCCCUCCCUUCUCUCCCCCCUUACCUUCUCUCCCUUUUCUCCCUUCCCUAUCAUCCGUCCUUGCAAUCUCCUGUCUCUCCCUUCUCUCCUUUCUCUCUCUUCUCUCCCGUCCCUCCCUUCCCUCCCUUCCCUCCCUUCCCUCCCUUCCCUCCCUUCUCUCCAUUUUCUCCCUUCCCUCAUCCCGACUUCCAAUCUUCCGUCUCUCCCUUCCCUCCCUUCUCUCCCUCCUCUCCCAUCUCUCCUUUCCCUCCCUUUUCUUCCAUCCCUCGCUUCCCUCCUUCCCUCCCUUACCUUCCCUCCCUUCUCUCCCUUCCCUCCCUUCUCUCCCCCCUUACCUUCUCUCCCUUUUCUCCCUUCCCUAUCAUCCCUCCAUGCAAUCUCCUGUCUCUCCUUUCUCUCCCUUCUCUCCCGUCCCUCCCGUCCCUCCCGUCCCUCCCGUCCCUCCCGUCCCUCCCGUCCCUCCCGUCCCUCCCGUCCCUCCCGUCCCUCCCGUCCCUCCCUUCCCGCCCUUCUCUCCCUUCAAUACCUUCGCUCCCUUCCCGCCCUUCUCUCCCUUCAAUACCUUCGCUCCCUUCCCGCCCUUCUCUCCCUUCAAUACCUUCGCUCCCUUCCCGCCCUUCUCCUCCCCCCCACCGUAUCUCCGUUACCUUCCAUUUCAUCCCUACCCUUCCUCGUCUCUCCCUCCCGACAUCUCUCCUGCUUCUCCUUUCACUCCCUUUCAUCCCUUGCCUCCCUUGA